AUUUUCGUAUGCAGAUAGUAAUAAGGCAAACAGUAAGCAGGAAAAAGGAAAGGUAAAUUCAACAACGAAAGAGACAGAGAGAGAUCUGUGGUUUAUAGUGAGAUUUGCUUAUCUAUCGUUUCCGAUACCUCGCGUCCUCCAUGGGUCUUUGGGAAGCUUUUCUCAAUUGGCUCCGAAGCCUCUUCUUUAAACAGGAAAUGGAGCUUUCUUUGAUAGGGCUGCAAAAUGCAGGGAAAACUUCACUUGUAAAUGUUAUUGCUACUGGUGGAUAUAGUGAAGAUAUGAUACCAACGGUAGGAUUUAACAUGAGGAAAGUGACUAAAGGUAAUGUCACUAUAAAAUUGUGGGACCUUGGAGGUCAACCCAGAUUCCGAAGUAUGUGGGAAAGAUAUUGUCGUGCAGUUUCAGCUAUAGUAUAUGUUGUUGAUGCUGCUGAUCAUGAUAAUCUUAGCAUUUCUAAAAGUGAACUCCAUGACCUGCUGAACAAGACAUCAUUGAGUGGUAUUCCGUUGCUGGUAUUGGGGAACAAGAUUGACAAACCUGGAGCUCUGUCCAAGCAGGCUUUGACUGAUGAGAUGGGAUUGAAUUCUAUAACAGACAGAGAGGUGUGCUGCUAUAUGAUAUCAUGCAAAAAUUCCACCAAUAUUGACUCUGUUAUUGAUUGGCUUGUCAAGCACUCAAAAUCAAAGAGUUAAGGAUGACCUACUGAUUUUGUAUAUUUAAAUUUGUGAGGCUAUUGGUUUCUCCAGAGUUGUUUUUUUUGAUGUAAAUUAAAUUGUCUUGCUGAUUGAAAGAGUUAUCUGUCUUUUCUUUCUGGUUGUCA